AUGGCUGACAAUUCAUUAACUAUCAAGGUCACCUACAACGGUGAUACUAGAAGAAUUACCUUUGAACGAUACCCAUCAUUCCAGGAACUCUUUCAAACCUUGAAGAAUCUCUUCACCCUCGCCGCCCUCACUCUCAAGUACACUGAUGAUGAUGGAGACUUGAUCUCAAUCACCAGUGAGCUCGAGUUGAAGGAGGCCAUCUCUCUGGUCAGCCAGAAGACCCCAAGACUCUUGAGGCUGACUGUGUUGUCCAAGGAUAGCCCAGCACAGCAACCAGCACCAACCCCUGAAGCCUUUUCUCAACAGGGCAACAACAACCAGUUUGAUCUCUCUGGUUUGCUCAGCUCCAUCCUCGGUUCUGAUGCUUUCACUGCCCAGCAACAGCAGCAGCAGCGCCCAUGUGCCAACAUGUUUGGAUGUUCCCCUCAGAGCCCAAACCAGCAGGAGAACAUCAAGAAGGACAUCAACUCCUUGCUCCAGCACUUUGGUCAGGAGAACAAUCCUAUGAUGUUCCUCAACAUGAUGAAGCCAUUCUUUGGUGCUGGUGGCAUGUGCAAGAACUUCAAUGAGACCAACAACCCAUGCAGCAACAACAACAACAACAACAACAACAACAACAACAACAACAAUGCUACUUGCAGCAACAACAACGCCCCAUCUGAGGACAAGAAGGAGGGUCCAGUUGAGCAUGUUGGUGUCAAGUGUGACGGUUGUGAUUCCAACAUCUUUGGAAUUCGCUACAAGUGCACUGUCUGCUUCAACUAUGACCUUUGCUCCGAGUGUGAGCAGAAGGGAGAGUCGGUUCAUCCAGCAUCCCACCCAUUGCUCAAGAUCACCACCCCAGCCAACCAUGGCUCCUUCCCAAGACACUGCCCAGGCCGUCCACGUGGUCCAUGGUGUCAAAAGAACAAGCAUCUUGCCCGCUUUGUCUCUGACAUCACCGUCAAGGAUGGUUCCAUCUUUGCCCCUGGUGCCAACUUCACCAAGAUCUGGCGCCUAAGGAACGACGGCCGUGACGCUUGGCCAGAGAACUCCACCCUUACCUGGAUCAGCGGUGACCGUUUGGGUUCCCCAGAGGGACUCACUGUUGAGCCCAUCUUGCCAGGCCAGGACAUUGACAUUGCCGUCAACUUGGUUGCCCCAGCUGCCCCAGGCCGCUACAUUGGCUACUGGAAGCUCUUCACUCCAGAGGGACUUGGCUUUGGCCAGCGCAUGUACGUUGACAUCUACGUAGUCAACGACGGCGAGGAGAAGAAUGAUAACAAGGUUCAACAGCCUUCAACUGUUGACAACAUCCCAGCCAAGUCUGAGGAGGUCGUUGCUGUCCAGCAACAACAGGAGCAAGAGGAGGAGGAGGACAAGCCAAGACUCGAGGAGGACUUCACUGAGAUUGCUGUUGAGCAACCAUUGGUCGCCUCUGACUGCCAGCCAUUGUUGUCGCCAAAUGCCCCAGCUCACGUCCAAGUCCCAGCCCAGUUGUUGGUCCCAGUCGUUGAGCAGCAACAGGCUCCAGCUGAGGCCCAGGUUGCUGCCGAUCCAAUUGAGGACAAGAAGAAGGCCUGUGUUGCUACCCUUGUCUCUAUGGGAUUCGGACAACUUCCCCAGCUCCCAAGUCUCAUCAAGAAGUUUGACUACAACGUCGAGAUGAUCUUGGAGCACCUCCUCAACCAUCAUUAA